AUGCAACGACUCUCUGCUGCAAAGGCCUGUUUUCUGAGUGAAUUCACUGAAAAUAUACCCAAGCCUAGUGACCUCGUCAAGUUACUUGACCAGGUAAUUCAAGUGAGAUUCUUUGUCAUUGGGAUAUUUGCGUCCCUACGGUAAUUUAAUAGGAAAUAGAAUUGAACUUUAAGGUGGCAAAUUUGAAUGUCGUUACGAAAAUGCGAAUGAUUAAGUUUUCAAUUAGUUUUGAAAAUAUUUCUACAAGCUUGUGUUAAUUCCCACUUAACGAGCAUAGCAACCCGGUAAAACCUUUUGUUAUUUUUCAUAAACUUCUUGGACGGCCGGGAAGUCCUACCCCCUUGCCAACUUUCCCACUUACCAAGUUUCUGAGAUUUUGAGUGGCAGGUAUUCUUCUUAAAAAUAUCGAAAGAAGGGCAAGUUAAUGUUUAAAGCGGACUGCUUUCGUUUAGUAUACACUGAACUUCUUCUGUGCGUAAAGGUUACUGAAGGCGUUUUAGGUUUAUGUUAUUCUUGUUACCCUUGUUAUUCCCAGAAGAGCGCCACAACGACAACAGCUAAAAAUGAGACGAACAAUGAAUACGAGGUCGUUUCGACUGUCACUGACCGCUCGGACCUGAGUGAUGAAAUGGCUUCUAUGUGUGCCAAGCUGCCCAUUUAUCGCGUCAAAAAGACAACGCCGUUGUCCAUA